GCUUCAGCAACGGUCACACAGCUAACAUUUCGUAUGAAUUUCACAUUGCAUUUCUCUUUAGAGUUAAUAGAACUAAAAUACAAAGUGGUUGUCAAGAUCAGAGGAUUGCAUACGAUCCUUAACGACAAAGCUUGAUCCACCCGCCAAAAGUGUUCCCCUUCGCCCGACUGCACUGUGAGAAAACCGGUUGUUGACCUUCGGCAGCAUGGAGCGUCGUCGCUUUAACUUGAGCAGCAUGUCACCCAUGGCGGAUUCCACGCGGAUUGAGGCGUCGCUGAUAAGUAAUCGUCCGACGGCCAGUAGUUUCCUGAGGGGACUGAGUCCCAGGGGGUCGAAUAUCUCGCUCAAUGGCACACGCACUCCGGAGAGGUCGUUGAUGAACCGCACUGCCACAUCGCCCAGCGCCAUUUCGCGACAGAAACUGAACCUCAGCCAGGUGGAUCCCAGAACUUUUGCCGAUGUGCAUAGCAGCGGACUGGCAUCCCGAGUCGUGGCCUACCAUGAGAGCAGCUUGGGAGGACGCAGUAGUCUGCAGCGCAGCAUGUCCGCCAGCAAUCUGUACAACCCACUGACGCAGCCGCGCAGAGCGCCCGCUUCCCCGUUGCCAUACAAGUCAAGGGCGCCAACGCUUUCGAUAACGCAGAUUGCACCACCAGAGCGUAGUUUUUAUUCUGGCAACACGCUGCCAAGCUUGUUGCGCUCCAACUCCUUGGCCGGAGUAGUGCAAAAGACCAGCGAACAGGAGCAGCUUUCAAGGGAGAAUCGACCAAUCUUACACCCACCUCAUCCACAGCAUGAGAGCGAGCCAACAAGAAGCGUGCUGGAGGAGCUUAAGGAGAUCUCCCGGAAGCGCAUUAAUACGGGAGAUACGCAGCAGCCUCAUGACUUUACAAAAAGGAGUUGCCAGCGAAGUGUGGACUUUGUGGACCAUCACCGUCAUCAACAGCAACUACAUCAUUUGCAGCAACAGCAGAAUCAGUCCUUUAAAAGACAACGAGAGCUGACAGUAUCGGUUCCCCUCAGGCAUCAUUCGACAUCUGUGUCGGCUGCUCCUCCUGCAUUGCAACAUAUGCACUCGAAUGGAAACGUCUCUCCCACACAAUCUCCGGAGCAGGUGGCCAAACGGCCCAACUGUAGCUACAGCAACGACAUCGCUUCCUCGCUGAGUUCCAGUUGGCGUCACAGCAACAAGAGGAAGCUGUUGGACAUGCGGGAAAGGUUCCAGCACAGCAAAAACGACACACUAGUCAGUGGAGGAAGCUCACCUGAGAACUCGCCCGAAAAUGUGGCCAAAAUUCAACGUAAAGUUGAUGCAGAAACUGUUAGCAAGGCAUUGAGCAUGCCCUCUCCGGCAGUGGCGGCAGUCCCGGCUUCUCGAGCCAUUUCGGCACCUCCCAUACAAAAGACAGACCAGCAGCAUUCAGUGGUAGUUCCGCAGGUGACGGAAAAACCAAAGCUUACCCUCUUCAAUGCGCGACAGUCUCAAACUAAAGCAGAACAGCCGCGACCGGAUCUGAGUAGCCCGGAAGUAGACGCUGGCGAAUAUGCGGGCAUUCAGUUUGUAAAGCCCAAGCAGCAGAAUUCAAUGCUGGGCGUUAAGAACCCUAGCGUAGAACGCACUCACAAGACCAAACUAGCAAUUAUGCUGAGUGGAUUGAAGGGCGAACUGUACCAGGGAGAGCCGGACGAACUAGAUGCCCCAGCGCCCAAGCAAACGCCAUCGCCAGCGCCUCUUACUCUUCCUACGCCCAUCAAACCGAUCAUAGCUCCUUCUGUAACCACAUCCACAACGACUGUAACUUCCACCGCAACCACAUCAACUUCUGCGCCCAGCAAGCCGGUAAUACUAAGUAACCAGGUUAUAAAGCCAGCAGAUGUGCCAAACACAAAUACCACUAGCUCAGUGCCCAAACUUGUACUUGGUCAGCCUGCGCCGCCCGCUACAACGGAACAAACGCCACCAAAACCCACCGACAAAGUACCGGCAGCACAAGCAAAUAUCCCAGCCAAGUUUGAGCUACCAACCAAACCCGUCACUCCAGCAACAUCAGCUCAACCACUGAUCAGUUUUGGCACACCGAAAUCCACAGCAGCUCCAUCAUUCUCAUUUGGAAAUGCGACCAAUACCACUAGUAGCACUACUACCACUGUUACUAAUGACACCACCCCAAAGCCCAUAUUCUCGUUUGGACAAGCGCCUGCCAAUGGGCCCUCAGUAGGCGGUCUUUCUGGAUUCAAAAUAGACACCCCAGCAACGACUCUGGCAAGUACAACUAACGCUGGGACACCGGUCACAUCUACAACUACUUUCGGAGUGGCACCCAAAACAACGGCUACUGUUGCUCCCACUACAACUGCAUCGCUCAGUUUCGGCCAGCCGAAUUCAGCAGUGUUAGGCGUCGCCACCAGCAAGGCAACCACAACAGCAACGUUGCCAUCAUUUGGAGCACCGACCACGGCGGUCAAACCCAUGUUUUCGUUUGGACAAUCGGGAAAUCUAAGCUCAGGAACUCCGACAACCAACGGAAGCGAUGCAGCUGUGGCCAAGCCGCCUGUAUUCAGUUUUGGGGGUAGCACCACUCAACCAGCUACUGCUGCACCGACACCGGUAUUUGGAAGCCUAUCGAAACCCCUAGGUGGAGGUUUUAUGUCACCCGUGACCAACAAAUCCGAGACAACUAAGCCUGGUAUCUUCGGCAAUUCGGACAACGGAUUUGGAAACGCAGUGAAGCCACCAGCUAAUGUGGCAGCAACAACCGCCGCCGAGCUUCCCAAGCCAUUUGGGUUCCCAGCCACAACAACCGCGGCUGGUGCAGGAUCGUCGGGCACAAAUCUCUUUACAUUUGGAGGGACGGCCACUUCAAAGGCAGCGGAACCAGCUCCAGCAAGCCAGAAUAACCUUUUCGGACAAAGUGCAACCCCAAGUACGCCCUUUGCCUUUGGAGGAGCGGCAGCCAACGCAGGAAACAGUGGAAAUAAGGAUAACAAAUCAAUGUUUGCAUUUGGCGGAGCUGACAACAACUCGGUAGCCAAGCCUAGUGGGCUAUUUAGCUUUGGUGGCACGGACAAGCCGGCUCCACCUGCCUUUGGCAGCGUAACAACAUCGGUGACAUCUGCCACAGCAACGCCAACAAACAGCGCCUUUGGAUUUAGCACAGCUCAGAAGCCGACAACACCCAUGUUUGGAAGUGGAUCAACGCAACAGUCUUCGACACCUGCAGUGGCAGCCGCCAAACCUUUUACAUUUGGUGGUGGGACCGCGCAGCCUCCUGCACCGGCAGCUUCUACAGCUUCAGGAGGAUUCUCGUUUGCCGCCGUUGCGGCCAAAAAUACCACGGAGCCAACAGGAACAAAUUUGUUUGGCAGCCCCGCCAACGCCAACAAGCCAAGCUUCAACUUUGGAGGAAACACCGCCACCCAGGCAGCACCAGGAGCAGCAGGAUCAGCAGCUGGUGGCUUCUCCUUCGCCACGGCCACCAAGAAGGAGGACUCUGCUAGCAACAAUAUGUUUGGAAGCCCCAACACCGGAGUGGUGAAACCUAAUUUUAGCUUCUCCAGCAACAACCCAACCACACAGUCGGCAGCUCCUACCCCAGCACCUAGCUUCGGCGGAUUCGGUGCUCCGGCAGCUGCUGCACCAACAGCUCCCUCAACUAAUCAGAAUAAGCCCUUUGCAUUUGGAGGUAGCACUCCGGCUUCGGCCCCCAGCGCAGCGCCCUUGGGCGGCAACCUGUUUGCCAAUGCAGUGUCUGCUACCCAGAACCAACCGAAGCCAGGAGUCUUCUCAUUUGGUGGCGCUAAGAGCACCCCCAGCGCCACAGCCGGCAAUGCUCCCUUCUCGUUUGGUGGCGCAUCUGCUGGCGGCAUCGCCUCGCCGCCCAGUAAUCAGGGCUUAAACACCGCAAAGCCCUUCAGCUUUGGUGGCGCCGGCGGCACUCCAGCCCCGAAUGUCUUCGGAAGUCCAGCGCCUGCUCCGCCAGUAAGCAAUCCUGCAGGGGGCUUCAGCUUCGGCGGCGCCAGUCCAGCUCAGCAGGCGAAUGCCGGAAACAUGUUUGCCCCCUCGCCAGAAAGUCGGCCCAUGCGUAAGGCCACUAGGCGGCUGCAGAAAUAAGUACACUUCAGAAGUUGAUUCGUAGGUCAUUUUUGUGUUGCUAGUUAAAUUAUUAUUUUUUACCGAACAGUAAAUGGUUAAAAAAGAGUAGUUGGCAGUACGGUUUGUAAUAUAUAAUAUAUAAAAUCUAAAUCGACUCUGGUUUGUUCUGUGAAAUUAAAUUGACAGACUUCUCUUUGGAUUGUCACUAAAGGUUAGAUAAAUAAUAAUUUAAUACUAUUAUAAGGAACGUAAAAAAGCAAAUAAAAUGGAAACAAAUAUAAAGAUUUAACGUA